CGAAAACAGUGAAGUGAAGGAUUUUUACGAUCGUGACGUUCAGYCACACAAAAACUCAUCCAAAAUAUGUCGCAUAUUAACCUUAUCCCAGGCGAACAAGGAAUCCGGUUAAGCACACUGAGUCCAAAAUAUUUGCACACAAACUCGACAAGUCAUACCUGGCCAUUUAGCGCCAUUGCAGAACUGAUAGAUAAUGCAUAUGAUCCUGAUGUGGAUGCAAGUCAGCUUUGGAUCGACAUCAAACGAUACGGUACGAGAAGCGAUCACUGUCUCACCUUUACUGACAACGGCGAAGGGAUGGAUUCCCUGAAACUCCACAAAAUGUUGAGUUUUGGAUUUUGUGAAAAGGUAGCGAAGAACGACCAUCUUCCUGUCGGACAUUACGGCAAUGGUUUCAAAUCGGGUUCCAUGCGUCUUGGAAAAGAUGCAAUCGUAUUCACUAAACAACAAGAUUCAAGAAGUGUUGGUCUCUUGUCUCAAACUUACCUGGAAGAAAUUAAAGCCCAGACCAUUCUUGUUCCUAUUGUUUCGUGGGAUUCAAAUGGAGAUAUGGUUGAAAGAGCUGAUGGCGACAAGGCCUUGCGAGACAUAUUAAAAUAUAGUCUAUUCAAAACUGAAGCAGAACUACAAGAGCAGUUUAACAACAUCCCAAGUGAAAGUGGAACUAGAAUUGUCAUUAGUGGCAUGCGUAAGACUCAAGAUGGCAAUCCAGAGUUUGAUUUCCGCUCAGAUAUUCAUGAUAUUAGAAUCCCAGAUGAUGUAGAAUCAGAGAGUAACAAAUACAGGAGACAAGAGAGACAGAAUCAUAUUCCUGAAUCAGACUACUCAUUAAGGGCAUACUGCUCAAUAUUGUACCUUAGACCACGCAUGCAAAUCAUCUUGAGGGGCAAGAAAGUAAGAACCACAGUGAUUGCUAAAAGUCUUAGUAAAACAGAAGUGGACACCUAUAAACCACAAGGAACUUCCAAACCAAUAAAAGUAACCUUUGGAUUUAGUCAAAACAAAAACCACUAUGGCAUCAUGAUGUAUCAUCGCAAUCGUUUAAUCAAACCAUAUGUUCGUGUGGGAUACCAGUUACGUGCUAAURAUUUUGGUGUUGGAGUGAUAGGAGUAAUUCAAUGUGAUUACCUUAAGCCAACACAUAAUAAACAAGACUUUGAUUAUACCAAAGCUUACAGAUCAAGUAUGAGUGCCCUUGGAUCAAAGCUAAAUGAUUACUGGAAUGAGAAGAAAGGAAAAGCACAGACCAACAGCAAUGCACUUAUUCCAGAACCAAAGGAGGUUGAGUCUGUGCCUGAUCAGUUGUGGGUUCAGUGUGAUAAUCCAGAAUGUCUGAAAUGGAGAAAGCUACCUGCUUCUGUCAAGUCUGAAGAUCUUCCAGAAAAAUGGUACUGUUAUGACCAUCCUGAGAAACAGUGGAGGUCAUGUGAUGUGCCGGAGGAGCUGGAGGAGGAAAAGGAGGAAGCAGUACAACCUUAUGUCAAAAAACAAAAGAAAAGAUUAGAAAAAGAACUUGAAGAAAAAAAGAGAAGAGAAAAGGUAAAUAGGUCAUUAUGAUCUGACAGUCUGAUUUCAUUGAUAGUAAACUUUGCAAU